CAGCCACAUAUACUUUUUACACACGAAGGCAUUAACAUGGCUGAAGGGCUUUUUGAAGGACAGCCUCAUUGCUGUACCCAACGAAUCAUAACAGAUAACACACUUAGGGAAGAUCUAUAUGACAUGGCCUUGCAAAAUCCUGACUUGAUACUAUUCACGGACGGAUGCUGUUUUAAAGGAGAACAAGGGCUCCAGUCAGGGUUUGCUGUAACAAAACUAACUGAUACAGGAUUUGUAACAAUAGAAGCGGAAAAACUCAAAGGGCAACAAUCUGCCCAAAGAGCAGAGAUAACGGCAGUAACAGCCGCUCUCCAGCUGGCCCAAGACAAAACGACCAACAUUUACACUGACUCGGCAUAUGCUCAUGUAGUAGUACAUACAGCCAUGGCCGAAUGGCAAAGAAAUUACUUCAUGACUGCAACGGGAGUCCCCAUAAAACAUUAUCAAGAAAUAUUAAAAUUGAAAGAAGCAUUAAUGAUGCCCAAAGCAGUGGCAAUCUUAAAAUGUAAAGGACACACUAAAAAGGAUGAUUUUGUAUCAGCAGGAAAUGACGCAGCGGAUAAAGCGGCGAAAGCAGCGGCUGGUUAUCUUCCCACCUCACAACUAGUUGUAAGUGAAACAGAAUUAAAAGACAGACAGGAAGUAACAGAAGAGACAGUUAAAAUAUGGCAGGAACAUGGGAGUCCCGAAGAAAGGAGUAUGUGGAAAUCAAAAGGGGGUGAGAGAGAUGAGAAAGAUAUUUGGAGAAAAGGAGGAAAAUGGAAACUACCUCAGAAGCAAUUAAAACUGUUGAUAAGCGAAGCUCAUGGAGCAUGCCAUGUAGGCGUGGAAGAAACACUGAGACGACUCCACACCUGGUGGCAUCCUUUCAUGGGAGCAAUUGUUAAAAAUGAACUACAGGAUUGCAGUGUCUGUAGCAGAUAUAACAGAAUACAUACCACGAAACCACCCCAGGGAACUCACGAUCCGGACGUGACGGCACCUAGGCAGGUGGUUUCGAUGGAUUUUACAGACAUGAUUAAAAGUGUGUCCGGUUACAGGUAUCUACUAGUAAUAGUGGAUUCCUUCUCCAGUUGGCCUGAAGUCUAUCCCUGCAAAACAGAAAUGGCAAACAUAGUGGUUAAACAUUUGGUUAACCAUUAUAUUCCAUCUCAUGGGUUCCCAAAUAAAAUAAGGUCUGAUAAUGGGACCCAUUUUAAAAACAAACAUUUGCAGGAAGUAGAAAAAGCCCUGGGACUGAAACACACAUUUGGUUCAGUAUAUCACCCACAGUCCCAAGGACGAGUAGAAAGAAUGAAUCGGAACAUUAAGGAAAAAUUGACCAAAGCUUUAGCUACUUCAAAUCUCAAUUGGCUACAAGCCCUUCCUUUGGCUUUGAUGAAUGUACGAAUGUCACUCAAUUCAGCCAAAGGCUGGACUCCAUUUGAAUGUCAUACUAACAGACCGUUUCCGGCUCCAACAGCUCCACUGGAGACAACAGAUGUGUCCGGCCCUCCGGAGCUCAAACAACUAACGCUUGCUUUUUCGCAACUAACUGCAAAACAACCCGAUGGUCCUUUGGUAAUGCAUGAAAGUGAAUUUGUAUGGUUGAAAGUAAUCAAAAGAAAGUGGUCUGAACCCAGGUGGACAGGUCCUCAUAAAGUGACGGAGAGAACAUCGUCUGCUGUCCGCCUACAAGGAAAGGGGGAGACGUGGUACCACCUCACCUCUACACGACCAGCAAAGACCCCGUCCCGACAGAUCAUCAUUGCCGCAAGUACUGACUGCACGUCAACGCCAGACCAGAUCCCAUCCCAGUGACGACAUCACGCAUCAAAGGUUGAGAUCACGGUACACGGGCAGAAUAAUCCCGGUGACUCAACCUAGGACCGGGUAGUCUAACCCCAGGUCCUGAAGAAGCUGAGAGCGCUCUCUAGCAACAAUCCUGAAAAACACCACCCAACAAUGGCCCGCAAGUGGAAAAUGUUUAAAUUUGUUGUUACAUCACAACCCUUUUUAUUAUAUUAACAUCUCAAGAGAGUUAGCCGCAGGAUUUGAAUCCACAUUUUGUUGGUGGUGUACUAUAAAUAAAAACACAGAUAGAAUUAAUUACAUACAUUACAACGUGCAACGCUUAGGAAAUUGGACACAAAGCGGAUUUGAAGCGGUACAUGGUCAACUGGCCGCCACCUCUCUGAUGGCUUUCCAAAAUCGCACAGCUUUAGAUAUGCUCCUGGCAGAAAAAGGAGGCGUAUGCUCCAUGUUUGGCGAACAAUGUUGCACUUGUAUUCCUAAAAACACAGCUUCUGAUGGCAGCCUAACCUCUGCAAUUGAAGGGCUCAGAACAUUAAACAAAAAAAUGAAAGUACAUUCAGGGGUAGAUACUUCUAUUUGGGACAAUUGGAUGAGUGUUUUUGGACGUUAUAAGGCUCUGGUAUCUUCUAUUUUUAUUUCUAUUGCUGUGUUUGCUGCUUUUCUCACAACAUGUGGAUGUUGUUGCAUUCCUUGCUUGCGCUCUCUUAGCCAGCGACUCAUUACAGCAGCUAUCGAAAAAAGAGAUGUUAAUAACCCCGCCCAGAUGAUGCCACUCCUGUCUUCAGGGGAAUCCCCUGAGAUGCUCGACGACCCCGCGGGCAUAUUUUUGUAAUCGUACAUUCUCUUACAUGCUAUUUAACAUAUCCUGGUGUCGGACUCUUUCGAGUCCGAAAGGGGGAUUGAAGGCCCUCGCACGUGAUAUACUGAUGUCAUGAUCAUACAUAGACUUAUUUGUGCACUGUUAUGUUGUGUAACCUAACCUCAGUAUUAAAAUGUUCUGAUAAUCACGUAACUGUGAAAACUACAAAACAGGAUGUUUUGUCCCAAGAAGAGAUAAUGCUGUGACCUUGGAUCCAACCUGCUCAAGCUUUAAACACCGCCCUGAACACUGUAUAUAACCUCGCACUAAACGCUGAGAAAGUGCACAUUUGAGCACACUUUGUGCAGCUGCAACCUUUGCCUGUAGAACAUUUGUACCCAGAAUAUUCUGCAAUAAAAGAUCUUAAAGAAGUUCAUUUCCAGUCUCUGAUUC